AUGACCCUCAUUGUCGGCGCCCUGACGGGACUGAUCGCCGUAUUCGUCACGUUCUGCACCAAGACCCUCCUCAACGUCAAGUUCACUCCGGUCUACACCGCCCUCCACAUCGCCGGAGGCCCUUCAUGGCGGGCCUUCCUGGUGAUGCUGGGGUUCAACCUGUCGUACGUGACCGUCGCGAACGGGCUGGUGUGGCUCGAGCCGCUGGCCGCCGGUUCCGGCAUCCCCGAGAUCAAGAGCUUCCUCAACGGCAUCGACCUGCCAAGGGUGGUGCGGGUGAAGACGCUGCUGUGCAAGGUGCUCGGGGUAAUGUUCUCGGUCGCGGCGGGGCUCCCGGCCGGGAAGGAAGGGCCGAUGGUGCACUCGGGGUCUGUCGUUGCAGCGGGAAUAUCGCAGGGCAAGUCCAACGUCCUGGGCUUCGACACUUCCUUCUCCAAGUUCCAAGACUUCAGGAACGAUCGCGAGAAGCGAGACUUCGUGGCUUGCGGGGCGGCCGCGGGCGUGGCCGCCGCGUUCGGAGCUCCUAUCGGAGGCGUUUUGUUCAGCCUGGAGGAAGGAGCCUCAUUCUGGUCGACCAAGCUGACGUGGAGGGCGUUCUUCUGCGCGAUGAUGACAGUCUUUACGCUGUACGCCAUCAAGAGCACUCAGAACUUGUGGGGACAGCAGGACCUGUACUAUAUGUUCAGCUUCGGGGAGUUCGAUGAGCUGGAGGCAGGGCAGGGGAACUUUUCGGUCUGGGAGCUGUGGCUGUUCAUCCUGGUGGGGUGCAUGGGGGGUCUGAUAGGGGCGUGCUUCAACCGCAUGAACCAGAGGCUUUCGACGUGGAGAAGGAAGCACGUGUGCACGCCGUUCUUGAGGCUGAUGGAGGUACUCGGGGUGACAUUUCUGAUGACGGCCGUGUGUUUCGUCAUGCCCAUGCUUUGGGGCGUCUGCACGCCCAAGCCGGUGGACAUGGAAGAUUGGACGGAGCAGGAGAGAACCCUGGUCGAUGAGCUGGUGGCCUACAACUGCGACCCCAACACGGAGUACAACGAGGUGGCCAGCCUCUUCCUCCGCGAUGCCGACACGGCCAUCCGACAGCUGUUCCACUUCCGAGAAUCCGGACGUCGCGAGAUCUCCACCUUCUCUUCGGGGGCCCUGUUCGUCUUCUUCGUGCCCUACACCAUCAUGGGCUGUCUCACCUACGGUAUCGCGGUCCCCAGCGGUCUGUUCGUGCCCUCACUUCUCUCCGGCGCGGCCUUCGGUAAGCUACGCAUGGGUUGCAGCGCCUCGUACGUGUGGUUGUGGUAUGGCUGCGCGACCGACUUGAGCCUGGUCCGGUGAGAACCCGGCGUGCUCCGUCCCGGCUUUGUAGGGAUGCGAGGUCAAUGGU